AUGAAAAAUCCGAAAUAUGAGGAGGAACCAAUGCUAGCAGAUAACAUCAAGCUAAAGAAUAUCAACCACAUUACUUACAACGUAAAGGACAAGGAUGCUGCUCUUCAGUGGUACCAGGAUGUUCUGGGAGUGAAGCAGAUUCCCAAAAUGGUGAAUAGCGACCACCUGUACUGGUUGCAGCUUCCCAGCGGCGCCAUGGUCCACAUCAUUGAGAACCCCGACGCUCCCUCUGCCCCGUCCCAUCACACUGCUUUUGAGGUGGACGAUAUUGAGGCGUCGCAAAAGUACUUCCUGGACAAGGGCGUAGAAACUACCGACAUUCAGACACGCAACGACGGGCAGCGAGCUUUCUACAUCAAUGACCCCGACGGCAACCGGAUUGAGCUCUGCACUGUUUCGGGUUUUGGUGUAUUGGUCUAA